UGCGCAGUGGAGACUGUGGGCGGGGCCUGAGGGCGCCCACCGUGGCGCCUGCGCCGUCCAUUGUGCUGUGCGUCCCGGGCCGCGUUCGCGUUCUCGGAGUGGAGGGGGCGUUAGCCCCGCGCAGCAGCCGGCGUCGCCGCCAUGGACCUAGGGCCCUUGAACAUCUGUGAAGAAAUGACUAUUCUGCAUGGAGGCUUCUUGCUGGCCGAGCAGCUGUUCCGCCCCAAGGAACUGGCAGAAUUGACAAAGUCUGACUGGGAACGUGUUGGAUGCCCCAUCGUGGAGGCCUUAAGGGAGAUCUCCUCAGCCGCGGCACACUCCCAUCCCUUUGCCUGGAAGAAGAAAGCCCUGAUUAUCAUCUGGGCCAAGGUUCUGCAGCCACACCCCGUGACCCCGUCCGACACGGAGACGCGGUGGCAGGAAGACCUGUUCUUCUCGGUGGGCAACAUGAUCCCCACCAUCAACCACACUGUCCUCUUUGAGCUGCUCAAAUCCCUGGAAGCUUCCGGACUCUUUAUCCAGCUCCUGAUGGCCCUGCCCACCACCAUCCGCCAUGCAGAACUAGAGCACUUUCUGGAGCACGUGACCGUUGACACUUCUUCUGAAGACGUGGCCUUCUUCCUGGACGUCUGGUGGGAGAUGAUGAAGCACAAGGGUCACCCGCAGGACCCCCUGCUCUCCCAGUUUAGUGCAAUGGCCCAUAAGUACCUGCCUGCCUUAGAUGAGUUCCCCCAUCCUCCAAAGAGGCUUAGGUCAGACCCAGACGUGUGCCCCACCAUGCCCCUGUUGGCCAUGCUGCUCCGCGGGCUGACGCAGAUCCAAAGUCAGAUCCUGGGCCCGGGGAGGAGGUGUUGUGCGCUGGCCAACCUGGCCGACAUGCUGACCGUGUUUGCACUGAUGGAGGACGACCACCAGGAGGUGUCUGCAACCAUGUAUCUGGACAAACUGGCCACCGUGAUCUCUGUGUGGAACUCGGACACCCAGAACCCCUACCACCAGCAGGCACUGGCAGAGAAGGUGAAGGAGGCAGAACGGGAUGUCAGCCUGACCUCACUGGCCAAACUCCCCAGUGAGACCAUUUUCGUGGGCUGCGAGUUCCUGCACCGCCUGCUGCGGGAGUGGGGGGAGGAGCUGCAGGCCGUGCUCCGCAGCAGCCAGGGGACAAGUUAUGACAGCUACCGGCUAUGCGACAGUCUAACUUCCUUCAGCCAGAACGCAACGCUCUACCUGAACCGCACCAGCCUGUCCAAGGAGGAGAGGCAGGUGGUCUCUGAGCUGGCGGACUGUGUCAGGGACUUCCUGAGGAAAACGAGCACGGUGCUGAAGAACAGGGCCUUGGAGGACAUCACAGCUUCCAUUGCCAUGGCCGUCAUCCAGCAGAAGAUGGACCGCCAUAUGGAAGUGUGCUACAUUUUUGCUUCUGAGAAGAAGUGGGCCUUCUCGGAGCAGUGGGUAGCCUGCCUGGGGAGUAACAGGGCCCUCUUCCGAGAGCCAGACUUGGUGUUGAGGCUGCUGGAAACGGUGAUAGACGUCAGCACAACUGACAGGGCCGUCCCUGAGUCUCAGAUCCGGCAGGUGAUCCACCUGGUCCUGGAAUGUUACGCAGACCUCUCCCUGCCAGAUAAAAAUAAAGUCCUUGCAGGUAUCCUGCAUUCCUGGGGGCGAAAGGGCCUCUCUGAAAAGUUGCUGGCUUAUAUGGAGGGUUUUCAGGAAGACCUCAAUACGACUUUUAACCAGCUCACUCAGAGUGCCUCUGAACAGGGCUUGGCAAAAGCUGUGGCCUCCGUGGCCCGCCUGAUCAUAGUGCACCCGGAAGUCACGGUGAAGAAAAUGUGCAGCCUGGCUGUGGUCAAUCUCGGCGCCCACAAGUUCCUGGCCCAGAUUCUCACUGCCUUCCCUGCCCUUCGGUUCGUGGAAGAGCAGAGUCCCAAUUCAUCUGCCACGUUCAUGGUGUCAUGCCUCAAAGAAACUGUCUGGACGAAGUUCUCUACACCCAAGGAAGAAAAGCAGUUUUUAGAGCUCCUGAACUGCCUGAUGCAUCCCGUGAAGCCCCAGGGGAUUCCAGUGGCUGCUCUUCUUGAACCAGAGGAGGUGCUGAGGGAGUUUGUCCUGCCUUUCUUGAGGUUAGAUGUUGAAGAGGUAGACCUCAGUCUGAAGAUCUUCAUCCAGACUCUGGAAGCAGACACGUGCCUAGAGGAGUACUGGCUCCAGACCUGCUCCCCGUUUCCACUCCUCUUCAGCUUGUGCCAGCUCUUGGACGGCUUCAGCAAAUACUGGCAGCUCCCCAAGGAGAAGCGGUGCCUCUCUUUGGAUAGGAAGGAUCUGGCGAUCCAUAUCCUGGAGCUCCUGUGUGAAAUCGUAUCAGCCAAUGCCGAGACCUUCUCCCCGGACGCCUGGGUCAAGUCCCUGUCCUGGCUCCACCGCAAGUUAGAACAGCUGGACUGGACUGUGGGCCUGAGGCUGAAGAACUUCUUUGAGGGGCACUUCAAGUGUGAAGUGCCAGCCACACUUUUUGAGAUCUGUAAGCUUUCGGAAGAUGAGUGGACCUCCCAGGCCCACCCAGGCUACGGAGCCGGCACAGGGCUCCUGGCCUGGAUGGAGUGCUGCUGUGUCUCCAGUGGCAUCUCAGAGAGGAUGCUGUCUCUCUUGGUGGUGGACGUGGGCAAUCCUGAGGAGGUCAGACUGUUCAGCAAAGGCUUUCUGGUGGCCCUGGUACAAGUCAUGCCUUGGUGCAGCCCUCAGGAGUGGCAGCGCCUUCACCACCUGACCAGGAGACUGCUGGAGAAGCAGCUUCUCCAUGUCCCGUAUAGCCUGGAAUAUAUUCAGUUUGUUCCCCUGCUCAACCUGAAGCCGUUUGCCCGGGAGCUGCAACUCUCCGUACUCUUCCUGAGGACUUUCCAGUUUCUCUGCAGCCAGAGCUGUCAUAAUUGGCUUCCUCUGGAGGGCUGGAACCACGUGGUCAAACUCCUCUGUGGCAGUCUGACCCACCUGCUGGACUCAGUCAGGCUGAUACAGUCAGCUGGCCCUUGGGCCCAAGGACCAGAGCAGGACCUGAGCCAGGAAGCCCUGUUCGUCUACACCCAGGUGUUCUGCCAUGCUCUGCACAUCAUGGCCAUGCUCCACCCGGAGGUCUGUGAGCCACUCUACGUUUUAGCCUUGGAAACCCUCACCUGCUAUGAGACUCUGAGCAAGACCAACCCUUCUGUCAGCUCCUUGCUCCAGAGGGCACACGAGCAGCGCUUCUUAAAGUCCAUUGCUGAGGGCAUCAGCCCCGCAGAAUGGCGCCAAACCCUGUUGCAGAAGAUGAACAGCUUCUGACCUGCGCGGGAAGCUGGGCCCCAACAUGGCGGGUCUGCAGAAGAUCAAUAGCUUCUCACCUGCACAGGGGGAGCAGAAAAGCUGGGCCUCAACAUGGCGGGUCUGCAGGGGCCAGACCCUAGCAGCCUGGACUUUGUCGACACUUACGUGAAACUGUCCCCAAAAAGUCAUGGCAAUAAUGGUGCACAGAAAAUAGUUUGUUGGGUAUUUGUAACGUACAAACUAUCAUAAAAAUUCUCCUCUUUUGCAUCUCA